AUGGCCCGUCGCAGUGGCGCUGAGGCGGCCGAGGUCCACGCUCCCAUGGAUUGCAGAGGGAGGUAUCUGAUCCCUGAGACCCGUGAGCUUCUCAUUCAGGCGGCGGGCUAUGGUGCCGACAAGCUGCAAGGGAGGCCGCCCAGCGUGGGUGAAUUCAGCUCCCCGAGUCAGUUCCAGCUCCUCAAAGAGCUCCACAGCAGCGCGACUGGCUCGGUACACCUUGCAAAGAUCAAGGAUCCUCAGAGCCGGCUCAAAGAUGUCGUGGUCCUCAAGAAGCGUAAAGUGCCGGAGCUCGGCAAGGCAAAGGACAUGUUCAACGAGUACGAGGUGAUGAAGAGACUGAGCCACCCCAACAUCAUUCGUUGCUACGGCUACUUCUGGGAGUUUCCCUCGCAGUGUCUCUACAUCGUCUUGGAGUAUGCGAAUCGCGGUGACCUGCAUGGAGAGCUGCAAACACGCAAGCGGCUUGGGAAGCACUUCUCGGACAACGAGGUCUGGGACGUCCUGGCUCAGGUCCUGCGGGGUUUGCGCCACAUUCACGCCCGCGGCAUCGUCCAUCGCGACAUCAAGACGAUGAACCUGCUGCUGAACGACGAGGGCGUCAUCAAGCUUGGCGACUUCGGCGUCUCGCGGCAGAUGUCCGAGAACACCGUGUGCCUCCACUCCUUCUACGGCACGCCCCUCUACCUGUCGCCUGAGCUCAUCGAAGGCGCCUUGGAGUUUGCUCCCAAGCCUUCUGGCAACUGA